AUGACUUUAGAUUCUUCAUUAGAAUUACCUUCAAUUAAUAGUACUACAAGUAUAUCCGAUAAUCCAGAAUUAAAAAAUUAUUAUGAUAAGUUAUUAUUUAAGAAUAGCUCUGGUAAAUCUUUAACUGAUUUACCAAGAAAGGCAAGGGAGGCCGCUGCAGCUGCCAACAAUAGUAAUAAUAAUAAUAAUCCUAAUACAAAUAUCACGGCUAAGAAAAUUGAUUUUAUAAAAGGUUUUACCGAUCUUUCUUCAUUUUCUCCAAAUUCAAAUAUAAUUAAACCUUCUCCUCUAUCUCAUAAUAAUCCAAACACUUUUAGUAACCCUGAAUUGACUACUCCAAAGAAUAAUAAUAAUAAUAUCAACUCUUAUUUAUUUAGUACUUUCCAUAUUGAUGGUAAUAAUAACAAUAAUAAUGAUUAUAGUACAACAACGACAACAACAAGAAGACAUUCGAUUUUUACUGGCAAAAAUGAUGAUAUCUUUGCAAGUAAUAAUUUAGAUUCUUUAUCAUUUAAUAAUUUCAAUGAAAAUUCAUCAACUAAUGAGUCAACUGAUAUUUUAUCUCCAUUAACAAGUGCUGGUCAUUUGUAUGAUAAUAAUUAUUCAACACAAAGAAGGUCCUCUUAUAUUUCAGAUACUUUGAUUCAUAAUCAUAAUAAUAGUAAUAAUAACUAUUAUAAUAAUAAUAAUAAUAAUAAUAACCCUUCAUUGCAGAAUACCACUCAAGUAUAUCAGCAACAAAAUCAACCAGUGAUUACUUCAAAUACUUUUAAUAAUAAUUAUUCAAAUUAUCUAUCUCAACAACGUCGUAAUACGAUGGGUUCCAAUGUUUUUAAAGGUAACAAUAAUCAACAACAGCAACAGUACAAUUAUUAUAAUUAUCUACAAAAUUCAAAUCCACCUUCUCAUUAUAUAAAAAAUACUAAUAAUGGCACUACUGCUACUACCGCCAUUAUUGAAAAUACUAAUGGAAAUAAUAACCAAGAUAAUGGUUUAAUUCUUGUGGGUGAUAAACAAUUGACUUCAUCCAAAGAUCUACAAAAAUUGUAUCAAAAUUGUGGUACAAACUAUUUUUCUUCAGAAUUAGUAUUUGAAUUUACUGAUUAUAUUAAAUCCAUGUUAACUGUAACAAAUUCUACUGCUGAAGAAGAACAAGAAGAAACUAGUCAAACAAAAGAACGUAUGUUACGUUUCUUAAGUUUUCUAAAAAGUUGUAAUUUAAAUUACAAUCCACAAUCUGAUGCUUUUAUUUCAAGGUCAAAAAAGGAACAAAUAAUGUCUCCAUCUUCUACAACAAAUAAAUCUAAAAAUACAUCAACUUAUUUACAUUAUAAACCAUUAUUAUUAGUGGCUUUAAAAAAUGGUAAAUUAGAAUUAUUGUCAAUCCCACAAAAUUCAAACUUGAUAAUGAAAAGAGGUGAUCUCGUUGUUAUCGAUGGUGAUCGUGGUAAAGAUUUAUCUUUAGUUGUUGAACCACAAGUUGAUCUGAGUUUGGCUUUAAUAAUAAAUUUCUUAAAGAAAAAAAUUCAUUUUGAUUCAUUGAUAACGUCAAAAAAUCAGCAUUAUUCAAACAAAAAUUUUGUUAACGCUUUAAUCGAUUCCACCCAAGGAAUUAAUGAUGAUUUAAAUCCAAGAUUAUAUGAUGUUAUCGAAUUAACUCAACUAGUUAUACCUUCAAAACAAGUAUUAAGAUUUGCAACUCCAUUUGAAGUGAGCACGAAUCUUCAUAAUAAAUUUCAAGAUGAAUUAAAGGCUUUACAUAUUGCACAAUUGAAAUUAAAAUCUUUAAAUAGUGGAUUAUCAAUAAAUUCUAAUAAUAAUAGUAAUAGCAGCAAUAAUAAUAAGUUAAAUAUUAAAAUUUUAAAUUCAGAAUUUCAAUUCGAUCGUAAAAAGUUAACUUUCUAUUACAUUUGUGAAGAAAGAAAUGAUUUUAGAGAAUUGAUUAAAGAAUUAUUCAAAUUUUAUAAGACGAGAAUUUGGCUCUGUGCAAUUCCAAAUAAUCUAGAAAUUGAUUCAAAAUAUUAUGAUAAUGAGCAAAAAGAAUUCAAAAUGUAUAAAGAUAUGAUGUCUCAUUAUAAUUUUGAUGAUUUGAAUGAUUUAAAUUUCCAACAUAGUGGUGCUAUGGGCGGUUUCAUAGUUGCACCAUCAUUAAAUGAAUUACAACUAGAUAAUUUUCAAAUUGGUGUUUAUAAAGAAUUGGUCAUCCGAUUAUUUGGUUAA